GCUGUGCCUUUUUGUCCCCCAUUAGUCAAGGUGAAAGCUGGGCCUUUUAUACUUAUUUUAAGAUUGUUUACUGAAAAAAUCUUCAUUAUAUCAUUUUCAUAGUAAAGCUCGAAUGUCUAAAAAAGUAUUUUAUAUGUUCAAGUUAUCUAGAAUUUAGUGAAGAUUUGUGAAAAUAAUAAAGAUAUAUGAAUAGUGAAUUAUUUUCAACCAUAGAUAUUAUAUGGUGAAGGUGGACCUUUGAAAACCCCUAUAAAAAGCUUUUCAUGAGAAGGCACUACUAACUUAGUAAACUCAACCUUGAGCCGAGUUGAGACACAGCCACUGCUCAUCCUUUUUGAUGCUCAACACUUGUUCUACCAAUUUGUAAUAGAUGAUGCUAAGAUGAUGCUUAUUUACUUCUAUGAGGAGUGGUUGCUUUAUUAUUAUUAUAUAGCUACUGCCCCUUGCCUAUGAGCUCAUGGGCUCUCUAUAUGGUGACUUUAGUUUGGGUUUCGUUAGAUUGAGUUUAACAAAUAUAAGGUAAGGGAAUCCUAAGCUUACAAUCUUCUUUAUGUAGUGUAAUUAUCUUCUAAGAUUUGCAGUGAGCUUAAGAUAAACUCUGUAAAUUUAUUUUUCCAUGGCAGUAAAGGAAAUUAUAUGAAUACUCUAAAGGAGCGCGGAGGCACAUAAGAGCUCUGGGAGGGUAAGGGAAAAGAGAUGUAAUCCGUUUGAAGCUCCUGGUAAACUAAAAAUUCUGAACUUGUAUAAUUUUCUAAGUCAGAACUUAUUCUUGAGAAAAUAGAGAAACUUAUUUUAUUUUCAUUGUUUUUAAUUAUCUGAAUCUGGUAGAUGAUUUAUGAUGAUUUUGUUCCUGCAUUCCCAAUUGCUUCGUGUAGACUUGCUGGACAAACUUACUGGUUACAUGCACCCUUUUUAAGUCGUAACUAUGUACGAGCGAGAUUGCCUCUAGUCCUUGGGCAACUUGAUUUGCAGGAGAUACACAUAAAAUACAUACUUUAUGUAGUGUUAUUUCUUCUUUGCAUUUAGUGAAACUUCAACCAUGUUACGAUUCCUCUUCAAUUGUUAUUUUUUGUUGCUGUAGAUAUAUUUCACUAAAAGAUAGAUGCAUCCAAAGUAAAAUAUUUGUAGAGCUCGUGUGGUCUUGGAUGGCACAUUUUUCUAUUGCUAGCUACCAUGUCUUUUACAGUCUUUACGGUAAAACAAUGUCCACGAAAAAAGAAGUUCAGCCACCUAAAAUGGCAUUUAGUGGUUUAUAGUUAACAAAAACAACACUUAAGACCACGCAUUUUAGUCCAUAUAGUAUUAAUUUGACUGACUAAAAUUAAUGGUAGACAUUCUUGUUCUUCCUUUUCAUUUGUCAUAUUCUCGAGGUUUCUUGUGUCACCAAAUGCUCCAGCAAUAUUGGGCGUAACGGUUGAGAAACGUAUGUGCUAAAUUAGUAUUCUAAAUUGAAGAGUAAGCAAGAAGAUUUUGAACGGUGAUUUCUUGUUUCACUUUCUGGAUUUGAAGAACAUUUUGAUAUCCAAAAGAUUAAUGCAUGUUAGUCCACUAUCAAUUUUAUGGAAUUUUAGAGUUGGUUGAAAAAUACUCAGCAACUUCAUAGGUAACUGUUAGAAAAUAGGUUACGGGUUAAAAAUGUUCAUUGGUGGCACAGAAAGCCCGAGAUUUAAAACGCCUUGGUUAGGAGAAGAAGCAAUUCAGUUGUUUUGCUGACAUUUACAAUCGAAUUGCUUAUUUUAUUAGAGGAAAAGGACGAUUUAAGUGACAUCACAUAUAUCAUAAUUAUUAAGUUUGUAAUCCUUACUUUAUUUUUUUAGUAUUUUCUGUACCUGCCUCCUCCAUUCGAGACUGUGGUCCACUCUGCGAGGAACCCUAAUUCAACAAGCAAUUCAAAUCCCUCUUUCCCCAAAUUUAAGAAAUAAUUUUUGAUGGUAUGUAUAUGAGUUAAAUGACAAUACGGUACUGCACACACUAAGAUACCUUCUGGAAACUGACAGCGCUGAUACUCUCAUUUGGUAAAACAUCUUCUUGUUUGAUAUUUAUAUGUUUCUUAAUUAGAUUUUGUUUCUUGAUACUAAAUAUAUCUUUAAAUUGAAACUCUGCACGAGCCUCUGAUCUUCAUUAUAUAAGACACAGAAGAAAAAGACAAGAGCUCAAGAUAUGCCGUUGGCUGCAAUACUAAGGCGGACGGAGAAAGUCUUUUAGGUUUCAAAGAUGAUGGAGAUUUAGCUAAUUUUCUGCACCCACCUCUUCCCUAAUUAAACAGCUCCUCCUAAUGGUCAAAAUCGUUCACAUCAAGUCCGUCACCAUCAUCAAUAGUUUCUUCACUAGGUACCUUUUCUUCCUAGAAAAAAAAGGCAUUUGGGGGUUGCAAAAUCUCGGAUUUGGCACUAGGGCAUAUAUAGGUGAUGGCUACUGAUGAACUGCUUCCCAAAUAAUCCCAAUUAAAAGACAAAUAAGAGAAGAAUUGAUGUGUGUUUGUCCAUUGAAGGCGUCUGCUCCUGAGAUGAUACUGAUGUUGCUCAAGACAAGAAGAAGAAUUUACAUUGAAUGAUUUUUCACACUGGCGAAUAGAAAAGAGACACGUCAUGAGUGGACAUGAAGAGAAAAGGGUGCUAGACUGCUAGGUUUAAUAUAAAUAGAAAUAAGAAGCAGUUGGUGUGGUUGUGAAGGAAGGAGGCAAGCGACCAAAUCUCAGAGAAAUAAUAGUAUAGAGGAGGAACAAAGAGACAGGAGAUCAACGAACAUGGGAAGAUCUCCUUCCAGUGGUGACUCUGGUCUGAAGAAGGGUCCUUGGACUCCUGAUGAAGAUGAGAAACUUGUCAAGUAUGUCAAAAAACAUGGCCAUAGUAGCUGGAGUGCUCUUCCCAAGCUUGCUGGUCUUAAUAGGUGUGGGAAGAGUUGCAGGCUAAGAUGGACGAACUACUUGAGACCUGACAUCAAGCGAGGGAAAUUCUCUCCGGAGGAGGAACAGACUAUCUUGAAUCUUCAUGCAGUUGUUGGAAACAAGUGGUCAACGAUUGCAAACAACUUACCUGGGAGAACAGACAACGAGAUCAAGAAUUUCUGGAAUACCCAUUUGAAGAAAAAGCUGAUUCAGAUGGGAGUUGACCCAAUGACUCAUCGCCCAAGAACUGAUGUCUUGUCCAGCUUAUCUCAGCUUAUCUCUCUGUCAUCUAACCUGAGAGGUUUUGUUGAUCAAGAGCAAAUUAUGCUGAAACUCCAAACCGAGAUGGCCAAGCUCGAAUUGUUCCAAUACCUCCUUCAACCACCUUCCAUGUAUAACAACAUUAACCCUAAUGACUUUGACACUCGCAGUCUCCUUAGCUCUAUUGCCUCUACCACCAACAAUAAUCUCAACCUCGGUUCCUAUCUUCAGGACUUCAACAGCUUACCAUCCCUCAAAACCUUAAAUACCAACAUCGGACCAUCAUCUGUUUUCCCCCAAAAUCUUGAUGACAAUCACUUCAAGUUCUUCAAUCAAAGAGAAAACCUACCUGUAUCUCCAAUCUGGCUCUCGGAUCCUUCCAGCUCAAAUCAGAGUUUUUUACCUUCUCUUGAUCCUUCAUAUUCUAUGGCUGAUGAUCUUAUUAGAAACCAAUAUGUUAUUGAAGAUGUCAAUAGCAACCUCACCUCUUCGAGCUGUCAAGAAUCAGGAGCUUCAGUUUCAGCUGCAUGGCCUGAUCAUCUACUGGAUGAUUCCAUAUUUUCCCACAUUCCUUAGCCUUCCUCGUCCUUUCAGGUAUGUUUUGGAGGAACUCAGAAUCGAAUAUGUGCUUGGGAAUGUGCUUGCUGGAGAAUUUAUUCACAUAUAUCUAUCUAUAUAUAUUGUUGGCACAUGAUAUACAUAUGUGCUCAUGUUGUAGAAUGUACAGUAUAGUACAUGUUUCAUAUAUAAUUCAUAUGCGUGUUGUUGUUAUCAAUGAUCUUUAGCAUAUGUUUGUACCCAUCGCCGAGUUUAUAUAUAUCUAUAUAGAGAGAUGAUUUUUGUGAAGGGAGGUCACUUCACUUGUAGUUGUAAUUAGGGUUUUUAAUAAUUAUAUGGAUCUUUUGUUUUA